UCUUCAAAUAACCAUACUGCAUUUGCCUUAACGAGAAACCUGGAACUUAAUGGCUCAAAGCUUUCUAUUGAAUCUACGAGAGAACAUAUGCUCUACACUUUGCAGUGUAAUCGAGAUGAAGUUGACUCGGGCCUUGGAGUUCUUGCUGACAUAGUAACUCAACCAGCUUUUAAAGAAUGGGAAGUAAAUGAUUCUGUCCCACGAAUGAAUGUGGAUUUAGCUAUGUAUGAAAAUAGUCCCGAGGCUGUGCUUAUGGAAAAUCUCCAUAAAGUUGCAUUCAGGGGAGGUCUUGACAAUUCACUUUACAGCCCAAGGUUUAUGGUUGGAAAGCAUAACUCAACAAUGUUGCAUGACUUUGUUAAGUCAAAUUACCUUGCAUCUCGAACCUCUGUGGUGGGCGUCGGCAUUAAUCAUGAUCAUCUUCAAAGCAAAAUUGACCAGUUAUUUAAUUUACACAGUGCUGGUUCUACUACUGGUCAACAGGUUUCAAAGUUUGCUGGAGGUGAAAUUCGAGUUGAAGCUGAUAUUCCAUUUGUACAAGCUGCAAUAGUUGCAGAAGGAGCAGGGCUUUCCAAUGUAAAAGAUGCAUUAAGUUUAGGUGUUUUACAAUGCAUUUUGGGAACUGGUUCACACAACAAACUUAGUAGUGGAAAGUAUUCCAUACUUGGUGAAGCUGCAGCAAAAUGCACUCAAAAUCCUUUUGCUGUUUCAAGUUUGAAUAUCAAUUAUGCUGAUACUGGGAUGUUUGGUUUUUAUGUCGUUGGUCAUCCAAAUGACAUGUCUGCAUUAGUGAAAUCCAUUGCCUCUCAAAUGAGGAAAAUCGGAACAGAUAAGAAGAUUACUGACAGUGUGGUUGAAAAUGCCAAGCACAAACUUAAGGCGAAAUUACACCAAGAAAGAGACUCCUCAAAAGGCAUGGUAUCUGCGAUGGCUGCUGAAACUUCAGUAUUUAAAAAACUCUUAAACUUGAAAGAUUAUGAAAAAAUCAUUGAUGAUUUGAAAGUUUCUGAUAUUACAGCAAUUGCAUCAAAAGUCACAAAAACCAAACCAGCAAUGGCUGCAGUUGGUCGAUUACAUUCAACACCCCAUUUAGAUGAAUUGUUAUAAGUGUACAUUUGUAGGUUGAACUUUUAAAUACGCCAACUGAAAUCAAUUAAAAUACAUUUAGAAACAUCAAAAUUUAUUUCUUUUAUAUUGUUGUCUGUCAUUACAAACUUUACAUUAUUUAAAAGAAAUAUUAUUUUUACUAUUACAUAAAGAUAAAAAAUUUUGCGCCAUCCUAAUAAUGCUUAACUGAUUAUAUCAUGUAUCUUUUGAUUAAGAUAGUUUCUCAAAAUUCUGUGAAUAAUUUCUUUGAAUGCCAGACAUUGUAUUUAAAUUUUGUACAAUAAUGUAUACUUGCCAUUUAAGUUUCAAAUAAACUAGUAAA